UACUUCGCACAGAACCUCUUGGAACAGCGAUACGUGCGGUGUGGUAUAUGAAACUCAAACCUCUACCACAAUGACUAUAUCGGAAGCUUUCAAGGAUCUGGAAAUCUUUGUCACAGGCGCCUCGGGCUUCGUGGGCAAAGCCUUGAUAGAGAAACUUUUGCGCUCCUGUCCAAAUCUGAGUCGGAUUUAUGUGCUUAUGAGGCCCAAAAAGGGGCAGUCUAUUGAGGAACGACUGCAACUUCAAUGGGAGACGAAGCUAUAUGAACGGUUGCGUAGGGAACAGCCCGAUGCCCGAUCCAAAUUGGUGGCGAUCGCCGGAGAUGUGGAGCAGUUGGGUCUGGGCAUUAGUGAUGCGGAUCUGGAGCGGCUACGUAAUGUAAACAUCGUCUAUCACUCGGCGGCCAGUGUGCGUUUUGAUGAUGCUCUAAGUACCGCCAUACUCUUGAACACCCGUGGCACCCACGAACUAGUCAAGUUGGCUUUGGAGUGGCGUAAACUUAUAGCCUUUGUCCAUGUGUCCACCACUUAUUCGAAUCCGGGAGUUCUGGAAGUUGAGGAGCGGGUGUAUCCGCCACUGGCCGACUGGCGUACCACCAUUAAAUUGGCCGAGACCUAUGACGAGGAGACCCUUAAUAUCUUCAAUCUUAAAUACGGUAAUUUCCAGCCCAAUACGUACACCUUUACCAAAAGUUUGGCUGAGCAGGUGGUCAAUGAGUACAGGGAUAGACUGCCUAUCUUUAUCUUCCGUCCGUCGAUUGUGGUCUCUACAAUUGAGGAACCCAUGCCUGGUUGGGCGGAUAACUUCAAUGGACCCACUGGUCUCCUGGUUGCCUGUGGAGUGGGUAUUCUGCGCUCCCAAAACUGUGAUCCCAAUAUUGUGGCCGAUUUUGUGCCCGCCGAUAUUGUGGCCCGUACACUGAUCACCUCGGUUUACAAAUUCAUCGGCGAGUCUAAAUCGAAGGACAAGGAUAGUGAACUAUAUGUGGUGAACUGUGCCACGGCAAAUAUAUCACCCAUUACCAUGGGCGAGGUGAUUGAAAUCGGGAAGACUUUCAUCAGAAAGAAUCCCUUCGAAAAAACGCUUUGGUUGCCCGGCGGUGGUAUGACCACCUGUCCGGUUCUUCACUUUGUACGGUUUUGCACCAUGCAUCUUCUGAUGGCAGUGGUUGUGGACACAUUGCUCCGUCUCUAUAAUGAAAAACCUUUCCUCAUGAAGCUGCAACGUCGCAUUUUCGCCGCCUUCAGUGCCUUGCAAGUUUUUGCAAUGACCGAGUGGCAUUUUCAGAACAACAAUUUCCGGGCAUUGCACGAUAUAGUUCCGGCCAAUGAAGUUUCAACCUUUGGCUUCAUGCAGCACGCAAAUAUCAACUACACGGAAUUUUUCCAGCACGGGAUUCGGGGCGCCAAGGAGUUCCUUUUGAAGGAGAGUCCCGAAAGCAGCAAUGCCGCCCGUUUCCGGGUAAAAAUCUUCUAUGUCCUGGACUUUUUGUGCCGAGGCAUCGUCUAUAGCUUUCUGCUGCGCCUGAUAUUCAAAUUUUUAGUGAGCCUGUGGUAGCAUAGCCCUUAAAAUACAUUAAACAUAGUUCGAUUGUA